AUGUUCAUCCUGGUGGAGAUGGCGGACACCGUGGGAAUCCCACUGUGGCAGUUGGAGAGGAAGCUCAACAACUCCAUUGCCGAGGAGCUGAACAAGAAGUUAACCAACAAGGUUGUGUACAACGUGGGACUCUGCAUCUGUCUGUUUGCCAUCACCAAACUGGAGGAUGCCUACGUGUCGCCAGGGGAUGACAUGUCACACACCAAAGUCCAUUUUCCCUAUGUGGUCUUCCAUCCUUUCCUGGACGAGAUUCUGAUUGGGAAGAUCAAAGGCUGUAGCCCCGAGGGAGUACACGUCUCUCUAGGGUUCUUCGAUGACAUCCUUAUCCCUCCGGAGUCGCUGCAGCAGCCAGCCAAGUUUGACGAUGCAGAGCAGGUGUGGGUGUGGGAAUAUGAGACAGAGGAAGGAGCACACGACCUGUACAUGGACACUGGUGAGGAGAUUCACUUCCAGGUCGUGGACCAGAGCUUUGUGGGUACGUCCCCAACAGGACCCAGCUCGGCUGAGGCUACCACUUCCCGUGAGGAGCUGCCGAAGAAGGAGGCCCCAUACGCACUGGUGGGAUCCAUCAGUGAGCCAGGCCUGGGCCACCUUUCCUGGUGGACCAGCAGUUAG